UACGACGGGGACCAGCUUCAGUCUCUCAAGACCGUCAACGACGAGCUUACCGAGGACAUCAGCAACAUCAUGCACUUGAUCAUACAGCUUGCAACGCCGGGCACAAAAUUGUCCUCGUCUUUCCACUUGAACGAGUUCUUCGUGAAGAAAAUCAAAAAGUACCGUGAACUUUUAACUGUCUAUGAGAACAUAGUAAACGAGAGCAUCCAUGUAACUUCUGGCUUGGAAAAGACUUGCAAUGAGUCCAAUGCUAGCAUAUACAGUGUGGUUGAGGUAGUGAAGAACCAAUACAGCGUCUUCAUGGAGCUCUGCGAGGUCGUGGCUCAGCUACACGGGGAGGUUGAGCGCCUUUAAACUAUUCUUGAUUUGCUGCAAAAGGACACGCUGAAGGAAGCAGCAGAUUAUCGGCAAGCUAGCUAGGUUUCAGAGGUUAGAAAAGGUUGUUUGCGUGACCCAAACCAGUGACGUGACAGAUGUCGAGUGUGGUCAUUCCCGACUUUUCCAAAUAGAAGAGAGGUAU